AUGGAAGCUUCAGAUACGAACCGCUCUUUGGCCUUCUUGCACACAGAGUUCAUCUUGUUCGGCUUCCCUGGGAUCUCGCGGUCCCGGCAUCUCCUCUCCAUCCCGUUCCUCGUCGUAUAUUCUGUCAUUGUGGCCGGAAAUAUCCUGAUCAUCUACAGAAUCUGGGUGGAGCCAAGCCUGCACUCUGCCAUGUAUAUCCUCAUGGCUCUGCUCUUCUCCGUCAACAUCAUCGGCACCACCGCCAUCGUGCCCAAGGCGGUCCUGAGCGUGUUGUUGGGCAUGGAUCGCACUUCGCUGGCUACCUGCCUGUUUCAGAUGUUCUUCACCUACACGAUGGUCAUGUUUGAGUCCAAUGUGUUGCUCGUGAUGGCGCUGGACCGUUAUGUGGCCAUCUGUAGGCCCCUGCGCUACCAUGACAUCAUGACCAGCCGCUUGCUGAUGCUGCUGUCUAUGGCUGGUCUGGUUGAAUGCAGUCUGUUAGUCUCUCCGAUCAUUAUUGUGGCCUCUAGGGUCUCCUUCUGCACCUCUAACCUCAUCCUGGACUUUGUCUGUGAGAAUAUGGUUCUCCUGAACCUCGCCUGCGGGGACACCACCAGAAUCCAGAUAGUGGGGCUCAUGGUGAGGAUUGUGGUGACCGCCCUGGACAUCACGCUGCUUCUUAUUUCCUAUGGCUGCAUACUUAGUGCCACCGUGAAGGUCGUUAUGGGGAAAGAUCGCCACAAAACCCUGCACACGUGUGGCACGCACCUCUCUGUGGUGGUUGUGAAUUAUUCCUGUGGUCUUCUCUCCUCCGUCGCUUACAGGAUCCCCAUCUCACUGGACAUUCAGAACCUCACCAGCGCCAUCUACUACCUGUUUCCUGCCACCGUACAUCCGCUUAUCUACGGCUACAGGAUGAGAGAGAUCAGAACUUGCCUGGUGAAAUCCUGGAGACUCAACAGCAAUCUGUAG